GUUAUUUUCUUAAGGGGAAACCCCAUAACUUUUUGUCGUCAGGCUAGUUAGCGUUAGCUGAACGCUGAGCGCUCAUCUGUUAGGAUUGCAAACGCUAAGUAUAGCUUACCAUGCUAACGGUAGCGUAUAGCUAGCACACUUGUUGGCCAAGGAGUCGAUGCUAGCGUUAGCUUGCUAGCCGCCCCGGUUGUUACACAUUUGAAGGGCACUUUUGAGCAGGCAUUAGGGGAGAAAAACCGUUAUAUGGGGGGGAAAUAAUGGGCUAAAAGUCGAUAUGUGGACAUAUUUUAUUUUAGCAAGAAGCUACGAAGUGUCAGCUUUUCAUGUGUGUAUGAAGCGCACCGGGUGGAAAAGCAACUUGCAUUAUUCUUUUAUCUCAUCUGGGCUCCUCUGUUAGUCUCCUCCAGACACCACAAAACAAAGUACGACCUAGUGCUUCCUGUUUGCUCUGGUGCCAUCAUCCUCCUGUAGUGCAUGAGCGCACCUGUGCCUCAUGCUGAUGUGAGCGCUGCCUCGCUCCCUCUCUUGUUUUCCACCCUGUCCAUCCUCGCCCGCUGUGUUCCCCUGAUCCCUGUCAGCCCCGUGAGUCUCACAAAAAACAUUAUAGGCAAUGUGUGAUAACGGAGACCCUGAGGAUAAACCCCCUGCCCCUCCAGUCAGAAUGAGCAGCACCAUCUUCAGCACCAGCUCUGGAAAAGACUCACUCUCAGCCAACCACAGCUCCAAGCCGCUGCCUUCUGUGCCUGAAGAGAGGAAACCUCGCAACAAGAUCAUCUCAAUCUUCUCUGGGGCUGAAAAAGGCGGCAGAAAGAAAGACAAAGACAAAGAGCGACCAGAGAUCUCACCACCUUCAGAUUUCGAACACACCAUACACGUUGGGUUUGAUGCUGUCACGGGGGAGUUCACUGGUAUGCCGGAGCAAUGGGCUCGACUACUCCAGACCUCAAACAUCACCAAGUCAGAGCAGAAGAAAAACCCACAGGCCGUGCUUGACGUUCUUAAGUUCUACGACUCUACGGGCAACGGUCGUCAGAAGUACCUCAGCUUCUCAUCUUCUGAAAAAGAUGCAUUCACUCCAGGACCUCAGUCUCCUGUUAAAAAAGGCACCGAACCCUCAUCUCCAAAUAUCAAAGACAUUGAUGACGAUGACGAUGAUGAAGCUCCUCCUCCCAUUGUGGCACCACGACCAGAACACACAAAGAGUGUGUACACUCGCUCUGUCAUCGACCCCAUCCCUGCUCCAAGCACCUGUCCAGACGGAGAUGUUGCCUCCAAAGCUGCAGACAGGCAGAAGAAGAAGGGCAAGAUGUCUGACGAGGAGAUCAUGGACAAACUGAGAACCAUCGUCAGCAUCGGAGAUCCCAAGAAGAAGUACACACGAUAUGAAAAGAUUGGUCAGGGGGCGUCGGGAACAGUAUUCACAGCCAUUGAUGUCGCCACAGGACAAGAGGUCGCCAUCAAACAGAUCAACCUACAAAAGCAGCCGAAGAAGGAGCUGAUCAUCAAUGAGAUUCUAGUGAUGAAGGAGUUGAAGAACCCCAACAUUGUCAACUUUUUAGACAGUUUCCUGAUGGGGGAGGAGCUGUUUGUGGUGAUGGAGUAUCUGGCCGGUGGCUCGCUGACAGAUGUGGUUACAGAGACUUGUAUGGAUGAGGCCCAGAUAGCUGCUGUCUGCCGAGAGUGUUUACAGGCUUUGGAUUUCCUACAUGCGAACCAAGUCAUCCACAGAGACAUUAAAAGUGACAACGUGCUACUCGGGAUGGAUGGCUCUGUCAAGCUGACCGAUUUUGGCUUCUGUGCCCAGAUCACUCCAGAGCAGAGCAAACGUAGCACCAUGGUAGGAACGCCUUACUGGAUGGCUCCUGAGGUGGUGACCAGGAAGGCUUAUGGGCCUAAAGUAGACAUUUGGUCACUGGGUAUUAUGGCCAUUGAGAUGGUUGAAGGAGAGCCUCCUUACCUGAACGAGAACCCACUACGAGCGUUAUACCUGAUUGCCACGAACGGCACACCUGAGCUUCAGAAUCCCGAGAAGCUGUCUCCAGUUUUCAGAGAUUUCCUCAACCGUUGUCUGGAAAUGGAUGUGGAGAAAAGAGGCGGAGGCAAAGAGCUGCUGCAGCAUCCGUUCCUGAAGCUGGCGAAGCCGCUCUCCAGCCUCACACCUCUCAUCCUGGCAGCCAAGGAGGCCAUGAAGGGCAAUCGUUAGCUGAUAAAACUCGCUACCCUGCCUUCCCAUGCUGUGCACAGAUAUGUGCCAACCAUUUAGAUUUCGUGCCAGACAAUAGGCUGAGAGUGACAUGCCACUCUUGAUGCACCAGCCUUAUAAGCCCUGACAAACCUCACUGUGAAGAAGACCAAAAAUAUAGAGCACAACCCCACCGCUGUCCACGUGAACUCUAUUCUCACUCAGACGUCAGAAGACAAGUCAAACUAAAGUGCUUAGUUUCAGAGUCAGUCGUAGUUGUUUUGUACAACAGAUCUCCUGGUGACAAGUUAGGGCUAGGCUUGUAUUUAACUUGGAAUGAAGAAGAUGCCUAGUUCUGUUUAGUUUUUUUAAUCAACUGCCUUAAACAAAUGCAAAAUGUUGCCUAAUGUAUUGUUGAUUGUGUCAGUGUCUCUUUUCCCAUGAUUUUUACUACCUUUGUAAUUUACCUUUUCAGCUUGUCAGUGUCUUAGUUAUUUUGAUACUUGAAUUUCAUAUUUGUCCCCCUUCUUGUGAUGUAAUGGGUCUCAUUCAUUGAACACUCUUUGCUAUUUCCACAUCGACUCGUGUUUUAUGGACGUUUUCUCUCACAGAUUUUUAUAGGAAACAUUUCAGUGCAUUUAUCAUCAUGAGCAUGUGCUGUGAUUGUGUAGUUCUUCGAUUGCCACACCCUACAGACUUACUGUACCAGUUCUUCCCCUGUAUCAUUAGACUCCGGAUACCAGAGGUGCACCUUACAGGCAAAUUAAGAUGUUAGAUUGACAGGGUUUAUACUUUCUUCUCUAUUGUUAUUAAAAAUGAGUAUUGUAUGUUGAAAUCUGUCCUUUGUGUUCUUCUGGACUAAACAAAUGCGCUUUUCCCAUGUGUAUAUUAUGUACUUAAUAAGUAGUUUGACAAAAAAAAAAAAAAGUGGCCAUAUCAUUCUGGUUAGCUGUCGAAAGUUGGUAAAGACAAUUUGUUGACUGUUUCUUUUUCUUUUCUGGACGACUAACAACCUUGUCUGCGCACUCGAAAUAAAUGCAACUGUUCUUGCUUUUGUGA